AUGCCCGAGAUGUCCUCUACAGUCCUAAACCUCCGCAAAACAUGGACAAAGGGCCCACACCUAAUCUCCACCGACCGGACAAUAAUCCCAGCCACCACCUUAAACACCUGGUUCGCCAGCGAAGAAGUCUACUGGGCAAACCCAAUGCCCGAAGAAGCAAUGCACCAAACACUCCAGAACUCCCUCUGUUUCGGCCUCUACCAAAAGGGCGCGCCAGACUCUAAUGCCGGACUUGAUUUCAUCGGCUUCGCCCGCUGCAUCACAGACACAACCACAUUCAUAUACCUAACAGACGUCUUCGUUCACCCCUCAUACCAGGGCUUAGGCCUGGGCUCGUGGCUUGUAGCCUGUGUGAAGGAGGUCAUUGAGACCAUGCCUUAUUUGCGGCGGUCGUUGCUUUUUACCGGUGAUUGGAGGCGGUCUGUGCCGUUUUAUGAGAAGAUUAUGGGGAUGCAUGUUAUGGAGGGGGCAGCGCCGGUUGAUGGGCGGGAGGGGACUGGGUUGGCGGUUAUGCAGAGGAGGUUUGCGGGGGCGCCGGGGGUUAAGAGUGUCGAAAUAGGUUGGACUGGGCUGGGAUCGGAUAGUUCAGAUUCUAUUGAUGCAGAUGUGAUAUAG